AUGCGGUUAACGUGCAAUCUUGUGCAUAGAGGUCUGCGUCAGCGUUUACUGCGCUUUGUCACCUUGUCCACCUGUCCACAGUUGGAUGGAGUGUGUCUGAUUACUCGCCAGUCGUUCACACCCUAUCGAACUGUGAACAUUUCUAUCGCUAAGAAGAUUCUCUCAGUUCUACUAUGUAUAGAACAAGAUGCAGUGAAUACUUUUACCAAAUAUAUAUCUCCAGAUGCUGCUAAACCAAUACCAAUUACAGAAGCAAUGAGAAAUGACAUCAUAGCAAAGAUUUGUGGAGAAGAUGGACAGGUGGACCCCAACUGUUUCGUUUUGGCACAGUCUGUAGUCUUUAGUGCAAUGGAGCAAGAGCACUUUAGUGAGUUUCUGCGAAGUCACCAUUUCUGUAAAUACCAGAUUGAAGUGCUGACCAGUGGAACUGUUUACCUGGCUGACAUUCUCUUCUGUGAGUCAGCCCUCUUUUAUUUCUCUGAGUACAUGGAAAAAGAGGAUGCAGUGAAUGUCUUACAGUUCUGGUUGGCAGCAGAUAACUUCCAGUCACAGCUUGCUGCCAAAAAGGGCCAAUAUGAUGGACAGGAGGCACAGAACGAUGCCAUGGUUUUAUAUGACAAGGAAAAUGACUAUGUCUUUUUGCCUGGCUUUUUGUCCAGCAAUCUUUAUUAUAAAUAUUUGAAUGAUCUCAUCCAUUCAGUUCGAGGAGAUGAAUUUCUGGGAGGGAAUGCUUCACUGACUGCUCAUGGCUCUGUUGGCCCUCAUGAUGAGUCUCAUCCAGGUGGUUCAGACAGCUCCACUUCUCAGUCCAGUGUGAAAAAAGCCAGUAUUAGAAUUCUGAAAAACUUUGAUGAAGUGAUAAUUGUAGAUGCUGCAAGUCUGGAUCCAGAAUCUUUAUAUCAACGGACAUAUGCAGGGAAGAUGACAUUUGGAAGAGUCAGUGACUUAGGGCAAUUCAUCCGAGAAUCUGAGCCUGAACCUGAUGUAAAGAAAUCAAAAGGCUCCAUGUUCUCACAAGCUAUGAAGAAAUGGGUCCAUGGAAGUACUGAUGAGGCCCAAGAAGAACUAGCUUGGAAGAUUGCUAAAAUGAUAGUCAGUGAUGUUAUGCAGCAGGCACAGUGUGAUCAGCCAUUAGAGAAAUCUACAAAGCUGUGACUCAAGACCUGCAAUGAAGGAAAUCUGCUUUUGAAAAAUAGGAGAACUUUUUUCCUUUGGUUGGAUUCUUCAACACAGCCAAUGAAAACAGAGCACUGUAUUUGUUCCCACUGAUACAUCACUGAUGUUUCCAAGAAAGAAUGAGAGACAAUCCUAGACUUCCACCGUAAUGCAGCAUUACAUGUAGACAUAAGUGAUGCACAUGAUGUUCACACAGUGAAAGUCAUAGAGAUACAAAGUGGUAUUGUUUACACUCCUAGAAAAUUAUUAGUUUUCUAAUGGCAAUAACCUAUGUAUGAGAGUUUUAGCCCACUGGAAUAGACAGGGACCAUUUCCUGUGGGAGGGAGAUCCGCACAAAGCUGAUAUUUGAUGUACAUUCUUGCAUCAGUGAGUUAUCCCUAACAGCAUCUUAAAGCAGGUGCCAAAGGUGCUUUGCUUUGUCCUCCUCAAACAGGUGAGUCAGCCCCACCGAGCGCCAGGCAGCUCUGAGUGGCAGAGCGGUGCUAGCAGCUUGUCUGUCUGCAGUGGAGCAGUCUUCUGUCACAGAGGCAUUAGUUUGGAAGGAAGCUGACAGGUCAAGUCUCAGUGACAUUGUCCUUCCCUUUGGUGGCAAUAUACAAUUUUCGCAUUUUAAUUACUCCUGAUGCAGUAUAUUUAAAACUAGUCUCUCCCCUCCUAACAAAAGGGUGAAUCUAGUUUGCUCUGAGCAUUAGGAUUUGCUCCUCUGGAAUUCUGUGCUCCAGUUACUUAACUUUCUUUUCAGAGUAUAUGUGGAAAGAAAGAAAUUACAAUGAUCACUCCAGUUUAUCUCAUGUGGUACCUUGAACAAAAUGGUUAUUCUCAGAUUGUACUAAUCUUUUUUUAAUAAGGUGAGUGAGGUGGGUGGAGGGAGAGAAGCACUCAACUUUGUUUGACUGUCUCUCCCCACCCCCACCCCCCUUUUUCUGUGAGCUGGGAAGUGUGCAGUUGGUGGCCUUUUUCCUUCUGUCUUCAGGACAGUGAAAGAAGCCUCAGUCGGCUUCUGUGUCAGGACGCACAGCUAUCAGGGCUGCCCGGCUGGCGAGCACACUCCACUGACCUGCAGCACCAGUGCUUCCUUGUCGCAGGACUGUUCAAGGGGAAAUAAAGUUACUGCUUUUGCUCAGACUUUGCAAAAAAAAGAAAAAAGAAAUAUAUAUAUAAAUAUAAUUAUUAAUCACCUCUGUCCUUGAGAAAGUCUUGAGUGAAUAGAGAAUUUAUGCCAUUGCAAUAUUUGAUUGUACAGAGGCACAGUUUCAUCAACAGAAGAAGCAAAAAGGCUGUGUAUAAGUUUUUGGUACUAUGUACCACCUCUGUUAUUCUUCUAAAGCCGAAGUAUUCAUGUACUUAAAACCAUAUUCUAUUUAAUUGUGUUUGAUUUUAAAAUAUAUAUAUAUGAAUUAUAUUUAAAAUUGUGUCAACUUUCUGCUUUCAAGGCAUUUAUGGCUCUUCUACUGAAAUAUAUUGAUCCUUCCAAAUAUUUCCAUUUGCUUUACAAACACCCAGAACAUGAGCUACUACUGGACUUAGACUUGUGUUUGGAGUGUGUGGCAUAGACCUGAAGUUUUUAGUAGGUGUAUAUGCUGUGAUUAACCCAUUUUGUUCUUUUAACAAAAUACUUUUAUCCCUUUCACAUUGCUUCAAUCUUUAACAGAAAAGCAAUAUAAAGGUCAUAGAAUAAAAUGUGGUUUUGGGUGACUCUUGCUGCCUCUGCAUGGUUUGGAAUAACAAUUUCAGUAAAACCCUAGACUAUUUAAACUAGUGCUUUCAGUUAAGAUAGUUUCUAAUUUCUUUGUAUGCACUUUGUGCUUCUGAGCUACAGAUGCUGGUAGUUGUAAACUUCUUAUAAAGAGAAGAAUAGCAA